GCGCGCAUCGACAAUGAGACGUCUGCCAUCGCAGCUUCGUCAAAGCCAAAGCGCCUCAGUCUUCAAUCCCGCCCAAUCCCGUGUCUCCCGUCAGCACUCGGACGGACUGCAUGUCAUGCAUGCUUCGUACAGAUGAACCGGCGAUCCAAGCCGCCGGCCGGAGAUAACCCAUCGCUGGCCCGUUGUCCCCGGUCCAGCAGCCCUUUAGUCAUAGUCAUGGUGGUUAUACAUCGUACACGCGGAAGCCAACCGCCUGGUGGAGUGGAUCAUCACGUCUCCCUCCCCUGUCGAUGGGUCGGCGAUGGGGGGUCUGAUACGGGCACCGGCGAAGGGGAUGGAAAACGCAUUAGAAAUAAUAGCCCACUGCGGCGGCCAUGCCCAGUAUAUAGGAAAGGCCGCCGUCCCAGUUCUCCGGGACCAGAUCUCGUUCCAGAUCCAUACCAUCAUCGCCCAUCCGAGCUGAACGCUGCAAUCCGACGAUCCAUCAAGCACGUCCCGAGAACAAGAAUAAGCUUAUCCGUCCGUGGACCAACACCACCACCGCCACCACCACCACCACCACCACCUCGGCCAGACCCUCACGAUGGCGUCAGCGCCGCCACACUCCUCGUCGUCGUCGAUCACGGCGACCGAGGCCGACGUCGAGGCGCAGAAGCCCGUCAACAAGGCCAGCUACUUCCACCUCCUCUUCGACCAGGCCGGCGUCACAGAGGCCGUACUCGAGCGCAAGUACCCCGGCGAGGGCACGCACGAGGCGCCCUACGUCGUCGACUUUCUCCCCGAGGAUGCCCACAACCCGCAGACCUUCCCCGUGUGGAAGAAGUGGACCUACACCAUCGAGCAGGCCAUCGCCACCCUCGCCGUCGCCUUUGUGAGCACGGCCUACUCGGGCGGCAUCGCCGAGGUCAUCCGCGACUUUGGCGUGUCGACCGAGAUCGGCAUCCUGGGCGUGUCGCUGUUCGUCGUGGGCUUCGCCGUCGGCCCCCUGAUGUGGGCGCCGCUGUCCGAGCUGUACGGCCGCCAGUACCUCUUCAUCAUGACCUACAUCGCCCUCACGGCCUUCAACGCCGGCGCCGCCGGCGCCCAGAACAUCGAGACGCUCAUCAUCCUCCGCUUCUUCGCCGGCACUUUCGGCGCCUCGCCCAUGACCAACGCGGGCGGUGUCAUUGCCGACAUGUUCAACGCCAACGAGCGCGGCCUCGCCACGGCCAUCUUCGCCGCCGCCCCCUUCCUGGGUCCUUCCAUCGGUCCCAUUGUCGGCGGCUUCCUUGGCGUCGCCGAGGGCUGGCGCUGGAUCGAGGGCCUGAUGGCCAUCUUCACCGGCGUCGUCCUCAUCGUCGUCGGCCUGACGGUCCCCGAGACGUACGCCCCCGUCCUCCUCCGCCGCCGCGCCGAGAAGCUCUCCGCCCUCACCGGCAAGUCGUACCUGUCCAAGUACGAGGCCCACCAGCCGCGCAAGACCGUCGCCCAGCAGUUCAAGGUCGCCCUCUCGCGCCCCUGGAUCCUCCUCUUCAAGGAGCCCAUCGUGCUACUGACGUCCAUCUACAUGGCCAUCGUCUACGGCACCCUCUACAUGCUCUUCGCCGCCUUCCCCAUCGUCUUCCAGCGCCACCGCGGCUGGUCCCCCGGCGUUGGCGGCCUCGCGUUCCUGGGCGUCGCCGUCGGCAUGAUCUUUGCCGUCAUCUACACCGGCUUCGACAGCCGCCGCUACCUCCGGGUGUCGGCCGCCCACGGCGGCUUCGCGCCCCCCGAGGCCCGCCUGCCGCCCUCCAUGGUCGGCGCCUGCCUCCUGCCCAUCGGGCUGUUCUGGUUCGCCUGGACCAACGGGCCCGAGGUCCACUGGAUCGUCUCCAUCAUCGCCUCGGGCUUCUUCGCUGCCGGCCUGGUCCUCGUCUUCCUCAGCCUGCUCAACUACCUGAUCGACUCGUACGUCAUCUACGCCGCCAGCGUCCUCGCCGCCAACUCCGUCAUGCGCUCCCUCUUCGGCGCCGCCUUCCCGCUCUUCACCACCCAGAUGUACGAGAACCUCGGCAUCCACUGGGCCUCGUCCAUCCCGGCCUUCCUCGCCCUCGCCUGCCUGCCCUUCCCCUUCCUCUUCUACAAGUACGGCCCCGCCAUCCGCAAGCGCUGCAAGUUCGCCGCCGAGGCCUCCGCCGUCCUCGAGCGCAUGCGCCAGACCCACGAGCAGACCACCGAGGACGACGCCUUGGCCGAGCAGGAGAAGAAGGAGCACGAGCGCACAAUGUCUGCCGCGCCCAGCGACGGCGGCGUGCUGUCGGACGACGAGCGCACCGUCCAGGGCGUGGUUUCGGACGACGAGGCCGCCCGCAAGGUGCAGCAGGUCUAGGCGUGUGUGCGGGGGCACCUACUGUCAGUAAUUAUGUAUCGGAAAAGUUGGGACGGCAUAGACGAUGAUACCCGGGUAGGCACGUGUCACGACACGAUGUCUUGGCAUUUCAAUGGAGUUUUGGUUUUUGGGGGGAAAACAUUAUAGAACCUUGUAUGAGUAUCGGGGUUAGGAACAGACGAGGAAUCUUUUGGCCACAGUAGCCGCAACUCAUAGACAGCUC